CUUCGCACUUCUCCAAGACGUGCAAAGCACUGGGGACAAUGUUGCCGCCGCUACCCGAGGGCGCAUACAGCGACAGGGGCGAUGUACGCUAUAGGCAUGGCAAGACAGCAUGUUGCAGCCUUUCGAAGCGCGAAGCGUUGCUCAUCAUCGGCAUCACGGUGCAAGUUUUUGUCAGCAUCAUCGUCUCGCGCUGGCUGGACUCACGUCAGCCUCCCAACGUGUAUUCUCCCUUGCAAGACAUGGUUGGGUACGAAACUCGUCGAUGGAGUUUAUCGACAUACCAAUUUCCGACAAAGUACAUGGGUACAUCUCAGGAGGUGGAUGCCAACUGGGAUGAUCUGUAUAGAUAUGGGACCGCUCGGGUUGCUCAUAGCACAGCAAAGAUGCUCGCAGAAGAAACGCUCCCCGUCCCAGAGCAGAACGACCAAUACAUGCUGACAUUUGAGGUAUACCAUCAGUUGCAUUGUUUGAAUCUACUGCGGAAGCGAUUGCAUCCGGAAGAUUACGAUCCACCUGACGCCGAUGACAAAGUCGCACAGGAGCAUGCUGAUCAUUGCAUCGAUGUACUACGACAGACACUGAUGUGCGUCGUGGACAUCAAUCCCAUGAUUUGGCACUGGAAUGAACGGGUGAAUAUGACGGUACCAAAGUUGGACGUAUUGGCAGAAUGCAGGAAGUGGGAAGAUGUGGAGAGAUGGUCAAGGGAACAUUUCAUAAAGACGGACAACGUACCCAUGGCAUCCCAUGCUGUCCACGGUGGGUCUGAUUAAGAGGAGGCGCAAAGCGGAAUCCCCAGGUUGGAAGCAGCAUUCUUCAUGAAGUAGUAGAGUGUGCCUUAGACCUAUGUGAUGUGGCAUAUUGCAGCACGUCGACCGCCUAUGAAGUAG